AGAAGGGUGAUUGGCAGAACUUUUUUUGUCCUGGCCUAGUAUGGGCCCUACUAGCCGCUAAAGAAGCAGAUAAGGUUCCCGUAAGAAGCUAUACACAGAAGAUGGAAGAUAGACAAGUUGUCACCCUUAUAUGUGUAUUGCCUAGAUCCUUCGCAUUAGACAUUUUAAUCUUUUGUGAUUGGCAUUUUUCUAGGCACUGUGUACGGUACAUUGACAGAUGAUACAAACAAUAUGUUGGAUGCAAAUACAUAUAAUCUUAUCGUGUUUAAUGCUGCUGAUAAAAUACUUGCACCAGGCGAUAUUAAGAGUGUUACGGUUCAUUUUUGUACAUUACCUACGUCCAGUGAACCACAAAUUAAUCUCUAUGUGCUGUCAAUAACAGAUGAUCCGACUAAGUUCAAUGUUACAGAUAAACGUGAAAAAGUGGCAUUCGAUCGAACAUCCAGUGCAAUUCAAACGAUUUUCCUCACAGAUAGUUUGAAAGUCCAUAGCGGACAGUACAUUGCAAUUAGAUUUGAAAAUUAUUCUGGUAGUCCAUACAGUACUGCUGAGCGUAAUGAACAUUUUGUUAAUUCAAGAACAUUUAAUGAGUAUCAGGAGAAAAACUCAGCAAUACCAUUUACAAAUUGUCCUAAUAAAGGAAUAGCAUUUAGUUUUACCGUCAGUCCAACUUCAUAUGUUAAAAAACAUCGGCGAUGGUGUCAAGUAGGAAUUAUCCAAGGUGGAAAUAAAUUUCAAGAGUAUGACAACAUGCAACGUGAACGUGCAAUAGCUGCAGUUUAUUGGAAAUCAAUUAUUGAUAAAAUUAAAGAAAAUGAACAUGAUAAAGACGAGGAUGAGAAAAAAGAGGAGAACAACAAGCUGGACAAAAUACUAGCAGAGAAGUUGAAUAAAAUUUUAGCGGAGAAGCCAACAGUAAGAACAAUAGCAACAACAACAAAUGAUUCUCAGUGA